GAAUGGGAGUGCGGGACGACAGACCGCCGCGGGGUGUCACGGCCGCGGCCAAGCUUGCCAGGCGUGGGGCAGGCGCCCGGCGCUUUUAAACCCGGGAGGGCGCGGCGGCGGCGGCGGCGGCGGCGGGCGGAUCGCGGCGCGCGCUGGGCGCCGGGUGGCGGCCGAAUGGAGAGGAAGGGCUCGGCGGCCAAGGGGAACCCGAGCCCGCCGGCAGCCGGCGAGGCUCAACGGCCGCAGCCGCCACUGUGCGUCCCGGGCGGCGGCGGAGGGACCCCGGCGCGGGGCCAGGGUGGCGCGGCUGCGGAGCCAGCCGAGUUCAUCCGGCGAGCGCAUGAGUUCAAGAGCCAAGGGGCGCAGUGCUACAAGGAUAAGAAAUUCCGCGAAGCCAUCGGCAAAUACCACAGGGCGUUGCUGGAGCUGAAGGGGCUGCUGCCGGCCUCCGGGGAACGGGAGCGGGACUCGCGCGCGGCCUCCCCGGCCGGGGCCCCCAACCCCGGGAGCCUCUCGGAGGAGCAGAGCAAGACGGUGGAAGCCAUCGAGAUCGACUGCUACAACAGCCUGGCAGAGGGGCAGAUAAUAUCCAUUGAUGCCAACCGAAAGUCGCAGGACAGGGGAGUGACAAGGCCUAAAGAAGUCACGCAAGAAAAAGGCCUGGAUGGGAGCCAGCUUUAUGAGUGCUUGUGGACGUGUCUUGAAGCCAUGGGACCGGGCCAGCUACAUAAUUUGUGAGGCCCAGAGCAAAAUGAAAAUGUGGGGCUCCUUGUUCAAAAAAGCAGGAAAAAGUUGUCAUUAAAAGUUUUAAAAGAUAAAGUUUUUCCCCUUUCUUUCAUGGUUUCUCUCUCGACUGGAAUGGUGUUUUUAUCUGCUAUUUAAUGUCAUUUCAAGAAAAUUACAAUUUUAAAUUAUUGGCAUGAAUUUACUAUUCAUCUUUAUAGUGUGCAAUGCCAAUUUUAAGUGGAAAUAUAAAAACACUUAACUGGUAUAUGAAAUCAUGUCAGUUACACAAUUCACGUUUCGUAGCUUGUACAUGCAUAUGUAGUUUAUUCUUUUUUUUUUUUUUUUUUUUUUGCGGUACGCGGGCCUCUCACUGUUGUGGCCUCUCCUGUUGCGGAGCACAGGCUCCGGACGCGCAGGCUCAGCGGCCAUGGCUCAUGGGCCCAGCCGCUCCGCAGCAUGUGGGAUCUUCCCGGACCGGGGCACGAACCCGCGUCCCCUGCAUCGGCAGGCGGACUCUCAGCCACUGCGCCACCAGGGAAGCCCUGUAGUUUAUUCUUACUGGAACCAUGGAAAUGCGGACAAAAUGAACUCAACUGCUUUUAUUUCCCUUUUUAUAUGCAUACUUUAUAGGUGCCCUUUCUACCAGUCUUGGCUUUCUGAUGAAUAAGGAAAGGAAAAGGAGCUAUUCCAUACUCCUACCCUAGUCUUUCCUCCUCUGUCAUCAUUUUCAGCAUAAGUGGCUGGCUAGUACAGGGCACUUAAGCAAGAAAGGAUGUGAUGGGGUUUUAGGUUAUUUUUGUUUCUUAGAACACCAUUGCUCUCUUUCUGCAUUUGAAGCAAUUUCUGGGUUGAAUGGAAAGCCUGGCCUCUUCGGCUGUCAGCGUGUGUGCUUACUUAGUUAUUGACCUAAGCCUCUUGUUUGUUGCUGAACUCCCCUGCAUUGUGGAUCCACUGGAAUUCCGUGCUCAUGGGGUAUCGUGAAUGCUAUAUACUACAUGGGCCUGCAAAGAAUAGUUGUACCUCUGUCUUCUGCUCAACUUCAUGCUCCAUUAUCCAAUCAGGCUUCACUUCCAAAACACAGUUUCAAAGGUAAAAUAAUUAGAAUUUCAAGAAGUCAACAGCAGAGCAUUAAACCAAAUACAAGGCCCUUCUGAGCAUGGGUCUUAUGUGACGGCACCCUUAAAGCCACCCCUGCAAUGGGACACCAGAAGAUGACUGAGUGUAUACAUCUAAGGUGGACAGAAUUAGAUAUAGACCCUGAGGCAGAUUCUAAGACAAAAGGUACCCCACAGAAAUUGGUGUGGGAACCAGAGAACCAAGCAGGAAGAUGGAUAAAUUACAAAUGCAAGAACUCAGUGAGAAAAAAAAAAAAAAGAGGUCAAGAGCUAGAGACAAGCAGUAACCUGGUAGCCAGAAGAUGAAUUGUUGGGAUAAGAGCUGGCAAAGGAGGGGAAAGAAGAGGGGCUUCAUGCUAAGUUGCUCAGUCAAGAUGCUGCCAUCUGGAUGGGAGAGUUUGACUGGCCAAGCCAUUGUUAACCUGAGGCUGUUCCUCAGGCAGCCCCUUGGCCAAUAAAUCUUAAGCCUGUAAAUGUGGCUUCAAAGAUCAUCUUCCAAGAAAGGAUGUGAGAAUUGAAACUUGUAGAAUGCUUUCAAGGAGAGAAAAUUCUGAAUGUGGACUUUGGGCUGAGUUUCUAAAGUGGAUUCUGAAGUUCCUUAGUUUACCUGCAAAAGUAAUGAGUUGGGUGGCUCGUAGCCAGAAACUGUCUAAGAUAUCUUGAAGUAAGAGUCCCUACAGCCAAAAGGCAUGGGAGUGCCCCAUCCAAGGCAAGGGGACUUGGCUGCAGGAUGGACAGGAGGGCCAAGGUGUGGAGCAGCCCAAAGCUUCACAGAGCUUCACAGGUUGGGAGUGACCUUCAGAUGGGACAUCCUCUCCUGCCAGCUCUUCUCUUUCUUCACUAGGUUGUGCCUCCUCCAAAGAGCUGGGAUAAAAGCCAAAUGUUUCAACCAACCAGCCAACCAGCAAUUUCCUAAUUCCCAGAUAUUUGGCUUUGGGAAGUCAGAGGUCCAUGCUGGGACCAGAGUUUGCCAUUAUCACCAACGCGAUUAGUGUGGUCCAUUCCUAAUUACAUAGCAGCAAGCACAGCUCUAGCACAGACAGUGGUACCAGACAUUUGAAAAGCCAAAGAUAGGGGCUUCCCUGGUGGCGCAGUGGUUGGGAGUCCGCCUGCUGAUGCAGGGGACGCGGGUUCGUGCCCCGGUCCGGGAAGAUCCCACAUACUGCAGAGCGGCUGGGCCCGUGAGCCAUGGCCACUGAGGCUGCGCGUCCAGAGCCUGUGCUCCGCAACGGGAGAGGCCGCAACAGUGAGAGGCCCGCGUACCGCAAAAAACAACAACAACAACAAAAAAACUGCCAACGAUAGGGGAAUUCCCUGGCAGUCUGGGACUGGGCUCGGUGCUAUCACUGCCGGGGCCCUGGGUUCGAUUCCUGGUCAGGGGACUAAGAUUCCGCAAGCCACGUGGUGCGGCAAAAACAAACUUUAAAAAAAAGCCAAAGAUAAUACGACAGAAGAUUAAAAGAGUUUAGUCUUGGCGUUCAUAUGGCCUUGAAAUGAUCAUAAGCAGUGUAAAGCUCAUUAUCUUCCUCUUAAACAUACAUACACAUUUUCAUAUCAGCAAUGAAAUGAUGCCAUGUCUGGUAGGACUCAAAACCAACAGUUCCCAAAUAUUUUUUAAAAAGAAGCAGGAUGUAGGAGCUAUACUCAAUAUUUUGUAAUAACCUAUAAGGGAAAAGAAUCUGAAAAAGUAUGAGAUUAUAUAUAAUAUAUAUAUAUUAUAUAUAAAACUGAAUCACUUUGUUAUACACCUGACACUAACACAACAUUUGUAAAUCAACUAUACUUCAAUUAAAGAAAAAGAAAAAAAAAGGAAGGGGAAUGUGUAGUGCCAAGGAGAGCUGACUUGAACUAAAAGAAUCCUGGGUUGAAAUAUAUCCAAGUGGACCUUCUCUUCUCUUUCAGCCAAAAGGAUUUUAAAACAGCACUGAAAUUACAGACAGUGUUUACAGAGAGGAAGCUUGUGGAGCAAAGUUUCCCUGCCACAGUGUGUCUGUGGGAAAAGAACAAAAGUGCUAAGGAAGUGCUAACUAGCUAGCUCGAGAGUUAUGGAAAACCAGAAUUACGAUUUCAGAUUUGGUUAUGACUCCAUACCUUACAGAGGUGUGUGAAUUUCCUUGUCAACAUUACCACCUUGUUAUCAGCGUGAGCUUAGGCAUUUCCAAAAAUAAGGAUACUCACCACUACCUAUAGUGACUUAUUUAAUAACCACCACCACAAAACAACAACUAUAAUAAUAAUAGCAGUAACAAUCAUGGUAGUAAAGACUACCGUGAGGAGCCCAGCUCCUGGCACCCAGUAGAUGUUCCACAAAUGUGUUUGAAAGGAGUGAAAAUGCUUAUCCCAGCAUCUGUCUCAUUAAGGAUCCAAGAAAUUCAAUCAUUUCAUUAAUAUUCAUUGAGCAACUAAUAGGUGCUAGACGCUGGGCCUUAAGGGCUGGGAACACAGGAGUAAACAUAAAGAACAAGGUCACUGCCUUUCAUGAAUUUGCAUAUGUACCUGUAUAACUUUGUGAGAAAGAAAACUCAAGCUGGAGCAGUUAAGUCCCUUGCCCAUGGUCACACAGUAGUAUGUGGCAAACUGGGAUUUCUCAUCUGCCAGGUCUGUAAUUCCAAAGCCUAUAGUCCUAACCAUUCACCCCACAACCUCCAUCUUUAGAAGUUUCUUCCUUAGGUACUAAAAUUUGCCUCCUUGAAAUUUCUAUCAAUCCAUCCAUAUUCUAUCUAUCUUUUGAAACAACAAAAAAUACAGCUCAUCACUGUAACCAGGAAAAGCCUUGACAUUUUUAGGGCAACUCGCUUGCCCAUCCUCCAGUCUUGUCUUCUGUAAGUUAUUCCUUUUACCGUGAUUGUGCCUUGUGUGAUUAGGAUUCCCAUUCCAUGACCAUCCUGGGUGGUUAAGGGGAAACUGUCCUGCUCUCUGUAACCAGGUUCUAUGUCACUAGGAAGGUGACCUGAGGGGAAUGAGAAUCUGAUGAGUCAUAAUUUCUAAUGAGCCUGGAGGCUUACAGAAGCCUCACCCAUACCUCCCCUAGUUUUUAUCCCCUUUGCUCCAGAGUGUGUGAAUUCCAGUUUAGAGGUCUUGAGAAAUUUAAGUGGAUGUGGUAAGAGUAGGAAUUCAUUUCAGCCAUUAGUUUUCAGUAACCAGUUUGUGGAUACAAUGACGGGAAAUGACCCAUUAGAAGAAUAACAUCUGGACUUGUGCAGAUGCAUUACUCCAGACCUGGUCAGUUUUAAUGUCAUGAGAGUGAUGAUACCAUCAUUUAAAAAUAUGUUCUGGUUUAAGUGCUAAACGAGAUUGGACACAGUAUUAUUCUGUGUGGCAUGGAACAUUUUUCUCUCCUAACAUCCUGUAAAGUAGUAUUUAUUUUUUAGUUUGUGUUUUUAUGACUGGCUGAUAAGUUCUAACUUUGUGAGCCGAAACCUCAUCUCCCAAGAAACAAAAAUAACCCCUCCCCCAAACCCAGCAGUAAAUAGACCAGUUGGCCCUGUGUCUAGUGGGACGGGAACUAAGGGAGACUCGUGUGACAGCUGGUGGCACAUUCGCUACAUAUGUGAACUUAAUCUGGUCUUGAGUUUCCUCACAUAUUAAAUGGGUAUAAUCAUGCCAGCCUGACUCGCAAGAUAAGGGUGAAAAGCAAGAAGAUAACGUAUGAAUGUACUUUAUAAACUACAAAGUAUUAGAAGUGUAAAUUAUCCUUUUAAGUGGGCAGGGAUAUUUAGGAGAACAAAAAAAAGAAUAGAAAUAAGAAGUGGGAACUGAGGCUUCCCUGGUGGCAUAGUGGUUAAGAAUCCGCCUGCCAGUGCAGGGGACAUGGGUUCGAGCCCUGGUCUGGGAAGAUCCCACAUGCCGCAGAGCAGCUAAGCCCGUGCGCCACAACUACUGACCCUGCGCUCUAGAGCCCGCGUGCCACAACUACUGAGCCUGCGUGCCACAACUACUGAAGCCUGUGCGCCUAGAACCCAUGCUCUGCAAUAAGAGAAGCCACCGCAAUGAGAAGCCCGCGCACCGCAACGAAGAGUAGCCCCCCCUCGCCACAACUAGAGAAAGCCCGCACAUAGCAAUGAAGACCCAACGCAGCCAAAAAUAAAUACAUUAAAAAAAAAAAAGUGGGAACUGCCCAAUGAAGGAAAUUUUCACCUUUAAUUCUAACAGUUUUAAGACAAAAGAGAUACUUGAGUAGUACCUACUAGGAAAACUCUCUUGAUGCGUGGUUUCUGCAUUAAAUAUCUAUUGAUGCUGACUCUCCCAUUUUGUUUCAAACGCACACAAAAAAACUGCUCCCCAAAUGCACGUACUCCACCAAAAAAAGCACUUGCUAAUACAGUAAAACAAAAGCGUUUCUGAUGAGCAGAAUGCGAGGGACGUUCUUUGAAAGUCUUCAGACGUCCCCAUCAAAGACACAGCGGAAGCGUGACUUGGUAAAGAGUGACGUGGACAGCAAGUUCUGUCUCUAACUCACCAGCUGGCUUGGGUCAAGGAAUUUUACCUCUUGGGCCGUAGUUUUCUGAUGUCUAAAAACCGAGGGUUGGAGUCCAGGAUCUCAAAGUUCCUUUCCAGCUCUGGAAAGAAUAAUUCUCCAUUCUUUCUGAACUGGGUGGCCAUUACCCAGAAUGGGAGAGUUCCAUGUGGACUGAUAGAGACCAGUCUACAAAAUCUGUUAUUACGUGAAAAGGCAGAAUGCAAAACAGUGUUUAUUUGCUUUGUGUCUGAAAAAAGAAAAAAGAUAUAAACUAGCAUCAACAUAUACUCUAGUACAAUACUUGCUUUCAAGAAGAUUAUCUGAAAUUAUGCAAGUGGAGCUGUUCACUUCGCUUGAAUAGGGACUGGGCAGAGAAAUUGGGGAGAGACUUUCACUUCUUUUUUUUUUUUUUAAAGAUUAAGACUUGAUUGUUUUUAGAGCAGUUUAAGGUUUACAGCAAAAUUGAGGGGAAGGGACAGAGAUUUCUCAUAUACUCCCUGCACCCAUACAUGCCUAGCCUCCCCCGUUAUCAGCACUCCCCACCAGAGUGGUACAUUUGUUACAGUUGGUGAAUCUGCACCGACACGUCAUGAUCACCAAAAGUCCACAGUUUACUUCGGGGUUCACUCUUGUGUUGUACAUUCUAUGGGUUUAGACAAAUGUAUGAUGACAUGUACCCAUCACUGUGGUACCAUACUGAGUGCUUUCACUGCCCUAGAAAUCCUCUGUGCUCUGCCUCUUUAUCUCUUACGCCCCACCCUUGGCAACCACUGAUCUUUUCACUGUCUCCAUAGUUUGCCUUUUCCAGAAUGUCCUAUAGUUGGAAUUAUACAGUGUGCAGCCUUUUCAGACUGGCUUCUUUCACUUAGUCAUAUGCAUUUAAGGUUCCUCCACGUCCUUUUUUAACUUUUUAUUCUAAAUCUUUCCAUAGUGCAUGACUUUUCUAAGUAUAUGCAUUAUUACUUUAUGUUUUACAAAAAACGAUGACAGGAUUAUCUGUGUAGAAAGAUUAUGGGUAGUUUUGCUUUCUUCUUUUAUAUUCCCGAAGAAAACCUACCUCAAACACAUAAUUUUUAAUGCCGUUCUGGACAUUAUCUGUGCCUUGUCUAAUCCUGUCAGACUGUAACACCAAAGAUGUCAAGCAAACUUAUCCCAAGCCUCAGACUUUCUCUUAGUUUCCCAUAAUAUGACUUAUCCUUUCUGCAGUGCCCACCACCCCCAUGCACACAUAGGGCUGGAUCCUGGCAGCAUGGUACCCCACAGUAGGGAGACGCCCCUUUGGACUCAGUAGCACGUGAGUGACGGUUUGCAUCUGCUGGUGAGGCAGGGAAGAAAGUUGGGUCAGAGCUUGUGAUACAAACUGGUCCUGAGCAUUAGUGAUGUGCCGCCGGUGUGGAGGAAGGGACCGUAUGGGUGGUCCAUGUCCAAGAUGCUUGUUGGCCCCUGAGUCUAGGAAGUCCUGCCCAUCGAUAGCUCAGACACAGCACCCAGAAGGAAGCUCACUCAAUCAUCAGAUCUUUAUUGGAUACUUGCCAUGGCUCUUCACAGCCCAAAUCUCAAAUCCACUGUGUUCUCCUCAAAACAUGGCAUGCGGUUGUGGGAACAGGGUUCUAAUCUAGAGUCUGCCGUCAACUUGCUCCGUGACUUUGGAAAAGUCACAUCACGCUGAGCCUCAGUUUCCUCAUAUGUAAACAAUCGGUGUUGGGUCACAUGCCCUCCGAGUCCCCUUUCGGAAGUGCUGAACUGUCUAGGAGUUUGAAGACCCUCUAGCUCCCCUCUCCCCCACCUUCUAGCCUCUCUCUCUGGAAGCAACCAGAUUUAGGAAGGAAACAGGAAACGAGCUCUCUUUUGUUCCCGUUUACUGAUAUGUGUUGACAAAUAAGCAUAAAGAUCUCAACUAAGAUUUCCAAGGUAACCUUGCAAAUCUGAGGGGAAACCAAAGUAAAUGGCAGUCUCCCCGGACGAUAGAGUCAGACAGAGGGUCUCAGAGAGAAACCGGAGUAGGGGUUGGAAGCCUCUAUAAAACAUUGCCUGGGCCCUGGAAUCUGAAUCGAUGGCACCAGAGAUUACCUACUGCUGCUACACCUUCUCAGAUUAUUCCAAAAUUCAGACUUUGGUUCUAAGCAGGCAGUCGUUCACCAUAAGAAAUCUGGCAAGACUAGCUGUAUUAGGCCAGGAAGUUCUGAUGGAGGGGAAAAAAAAAGCUGUUAGGAAAUGAACUGGCAGCGGCAGGGCCAAGAGUUUCAGGGAGCAGUUGCUGGCUAAGCUAUAGCAUCUCAGAGAGUUGCCACCAUUGACUCAAGACUGGAGAGCCCUGAGGAGUCUGGGCCAGAUCUGAGGAUUUGGGGGAUUUGGGGGAUGUGAUUCUAGGCCAACUGCUCAUGCUGAGUCAGAACGGAGCUCCUUUCUUGAAUGGACCUGAACCUCAGGCUGUAGGUGCCACUGGGUCAUUGGAACUUGUGUGGAAUUCUCCCUGAUACCUCGAGAGAGAGAGAGAAGGGCUGUGUUCCUGUGUGUGCCAGUGAAGAUGGGAGGGAAGAAAGGGAGCACAGAAAACCUGUAGGGCAAGGUGGCCUGAUGGAAAAGAUCUUUACUUAGUGUAAGAGGAUCUGGGUUUGACUCCUGACUUCCCAUCGACUCCUCCGUUAACCUUGGGAUGGUCCUAAUCUUGACAAGCUUCUGCUUCCAUUAUAACAUGGGAGUAGUAGUAUGCACCAAACAGGAUUGUGAUGGUGAUUGAAAUUAAAGGAUACAUGCACGCAUGCCUAGCACAGUGCCUGGCACGUAACAGAUGCUUAAUAGAUGAUGGCUACGGGGACUUCCCUGGUGGCGCAGUGGUUGGGAAUCCGCCUGCCAAUGCAGGGGACACGGGUUCGAUCCCUGGUCAGGGAAGAUCCCACAUGCCGGAGCAACUAAGCUCGUGGGCCACAGCUACUGAGCCUACAUGCCACAACUACUGAAGCCCGUGCACCUAGAGCCCGUGCUCUGCAACAAGAGAGGCCACCACAAUGAGAAGCCUGCACACCGCAAUGAAGAGUAGCCCUGCUCGGCGCAACUAGAGAAAGCCCGUGCGCAGCAAUGAAGACCCAACGCAGCCAAAAAUAAAUAAAUUUCAAAAAUAAAUAAAUAAAAUAUAAAAAAAAUAGAUGAUGGCUAUGUGUAAAUCUAACUCCUACUCCGGUAGGAACUAUGGCGGGAAAGUGUGCAAGAGGGGAGGAGAAAGGACUCAGAAAAGGAGGCUAUGGGGGAGCAUGGGAAGCAAGUGAGCAAUAGAGGGGUCACACCUUGCUCGCCUCCCCUGCACUGUAGCCACUUAAGAGCAAGUUUCAGCUCUUAAGUGCAGGGGAGGCAAGCAAGGUGUGAACCAACAGUCUUUGGUAUGGAUGUUUCCUACCUGGGCCCACAGGGCUGGAUGAACAAGUAGCCCAUCAGGCUUCCUCUGAAGGGCAGCUGAGCUCCAGCAGAACCAAGGACCUUUGGGCCCUGAGGUCUAUGCCUGCUUCCAGCUUCUCAGGAUAUAAGGCGGUCCAGAAAACACUUAGAAACUGCUGAGUUGGGACUUCCCUGGUGGUGCAGUGGUUAAGAAACCACCUGCCAAUGUAGGGGACAUGGGUUCGAGCCCUGAUCCAGGAAGAUCCCACAUGCCACGGAGCAACUAAGCCCGUGCGCCGCAACUACUGAGUCCACGUGCCACAACUACUGAAGCCCACACGCCUAGAGCCUGAGCUCCGCAACAAGAGAAGCUACCGCCAUGAGAAGCCCGCGCACUGCAAUGAAGUGUAGCCUCCGCUUGCCGCAAGUAGAGAAAGCCCGUGUGCAGCAACGAAGACCCAACACAGCGAACAAUAAAUAAGUAAAUCAAUAAAUGAGAAACUGCUGGGUUCUAGGCAGACAUGUCUCUGGCCUGAGGUUGUGCAAGCGAAUAAGCCUCAGUUAGACGGUGUCUGUUCUCUGCCACUUUCCAUCCUCUGCCCCAGGAUUCUCUGACCCGUUCUUUGAACUGAACUAGUAGGGAAAGAACUUCGGAUUCUCUCACAAGUUAGACCAGUUCAGAGUCUGAGAGCAGAGAGCAAGGAUGUUCCAGGAAGAGAAGAUAUAUGCUGUGAUCAGCUGGGUUCUCCGGGCAGCUUCACAAGCAAGAAAGUUGACUGGUGCUCUGGGGAAAGGAGGCUGUGGAGGAAGGCAAGGCCCCUGCAAGAGGGAGAAGCUGCUAAGCUGGCAGCCUCAUGCCUGCUCUGCCUGUUCUCUUGUGUCUUAUGCUGGCGCCAGUUUCCUGAGCUGCCUUCCUCAUGUCGGAUGAAGAAAGCGCCUGGCUUGAUCAGGUGUCCUGGGAAUAAAAGCACUAGCAGCCAUGUCCCUUGGAGCCUCCUUUCAAUCCCGCCUUACCGGCACUCCUCUGCCACAAUGCCUGGAGUCCUCUCAUGACCCUGGGUCUCUCCAAAUUGGUGCUCCGUGAACAGCCAGUGCUUUCUGCUCAGUAAACCCUUCAGAAGCCUUUCCUGCAUCUCUCUCCCAGGUUCCCCCACUUCUCUCUUUGAAGACAUAAUGGGCAGAGGCGAUUUUUUUUUUUAAUAAAAUCACAGUUGAUGAGGGUAUUCUAGAAAAAGAUAAUUGCUUCCCUAAGAGGAACUCUGAUGCCUGUUAUCACACAUUCUUCACCCUGAUACACACACACUCACACACACACACACACACAUAUUUAUUUUUCACAAGAUUCAGGUUGUACUGCACAAACGUUCACAACUUUUUCCACCAAUAUUUUACACUAAAAACAUUUUUCCGUGUCAUUAUUUUUCUACAGCAUGAUUUAAUGUACGCGUCAUGUUCCAUUAUACCAAUGCCCUGUUAUUUAUUUAGCCAAUCUCCUACUGAUGGAUCUUCAAGUUAUUUCCAAUACUUUGCUAAUACACACAGUGCUGCCACAGAGAGGCCACAAAGGUGCUCUUUCUGCUACAUGUGUGCCUGUUAACUAACUUAUCUCCAAACAUAUCUGGUUACGUGGUAUUUGCCCUGUUGGCAUGGAAAGAUGGCAGGAGAGGCAAUAGGAACAGGAGAGGUGUUGCUGGGGUCACAGAAGGAUGGAGGGAGAGGUGAUCAGAACAGGAGAGGUAUUUUUUAAAGUCUAAAAAGAGAACAAGAUGGCAUUUUGGCUUCUGAGAUUUUCCCCCAUCCUGGCUCAGAAUUCCUGCCAAUGGGCAUGACAUGUGUCCUUGGCCAGAGCUAACAAGGUAAAGAUACUAUCAGGCAGUGGGUUUCUUCUGAAUGUUUCUGGGUAUAUACUCAUUGUCAUAUUCCAGAUGGCCCAACUGGCCCUUCCAAAGUCCCACUUCUAACCCAAGAAAGGGUGUUAAUGAAGACAAACAGUAAUCCUGUCCUACCUUCUUCCUACUACUCCACUUCUCUCUGUGUAUAUACCCCAAUGAAGUCGAUAAGAGUUGGGGGCCGUGGAUGGGAUAACUUGUAAGUAUGCUGCUGUAGCACCCAAGUCUGCUCCUUCCCUCAUGAACAGGAGCAUGUGACAGGCACCAAAAGGCUGAGCUGACCUCAGGCUUUGGCAUUACAACUCUCUUGAGCAGAUUUCGAUAUCCCUUAAAGGACUAUCAACAUAAGCUUUUAGCUUAUAAGAGUUUUAGACUGGUUUUUCACUUGAGCUCUUUCAAAUGCCACUUUCACAGCCAAGUAGUGGCCAACAGAGGGUGAAUAAGAAGAAUAUAAACUCCUUGAAGAUAUCAAUAUCUUUUGAAUGCUCUCCAUUUCCUUACAAAGCCCCGGCACAGGCCGUGAUGAAUGAAUCCUCAUCGAAUACGUUUACGAAGAGCCUGUACCCAGGAUUGUGUGGUGAUGGUGAGAGGGAUGCAGCAGCCCUUGAAUGCUGGGGACAUCCAUGUGAAGAAUUCGAAGGGCGGAAAACAAAGGGCAGCUUGGGAAUGGUGUAAAGAGACCUCCAAGAAUAAUGUCGCUAAAACAAAACAAAAGAAACACUUCGCAAUGUUUAUUUGAAUCCAUGUUAAGCAUGUGCUAGAUUGGAAAAAUAGAAGGUCAGAAAUUCAUGUGAAUGGAAUCAGAGGAGAUUUAGCCCAUGAGACAAAGGCAGACGAUCCCUGGUCAUGGGAACAGCAUCAGCAGUGAUGGGGAAACUCUAUCUAGGCGCCAGGCAGGGCAAGAAUGAUGUGAAUGAAGAUACUGCCACUUGAAGGGUGCUGGCUUCCUGAGUCAGCAGGAAGUUGUCAUAGCUUCCCAGUGCCUUAGACUUGGAAAAGACCUUCAGGAAUCAGUGAGUCCAGGUCUCUUUACCCACCAGCUCUGCUGGAGGGGAACCAAUGUGGGCUUGGGCUUAGACAGUCCUGGCUCUUUCCCUAAAACUCAAAUGGCCUUAGCAAAUCACUUAACUUCUUUAAGCCUCAGCUCUUGGAAGCAGGACUACUAAGACCUAUUUUCCCAGAGUCACUGUCAAGGUCAAGUGAGUCAUGAAACGCUAUAUAAGUGUUUGGUAUUGCUACUUCCUGAGCAUACAAUGUGUGUAAACCAGUAUGAUGUAGCUUUGCUGUGUGAGGGUUUACAGAUGCCCUACAGAUGCUUGUCUGGAAAGCAAAGAAGGUAUGUGUCAUAAAUAGCUACCAUGAUGGGCAUGAGCUGAGUCUAUGGCUGUGAAAAAUGAUUUUAUUCAUUGGGAAACAAAAGGGCCCACCUGAUGACUGUACCUGUAGAUCUGGCCUCAUUAUAAAAAGACCACCCUACAUGUUCUGUGAAAGUGUUCCCAUCAGGGAGGGUUGUACUAUAAUUCACAGGUAUUAGAAAGAUGGUAACUUCUCAGCAAAUUAGAAAUAGAGGGAAAUUACCUGAUCUUGAUAAAGAGCAUCUACCAAAAAAACUAAAGCUAACAUCAUACUAAUGAUGGUGAGAGACUGAAUGCUGUCCACAACUCUUCAUAGCAGCAUCAUUCAUAAUAACCAAACACUGGAAAUGGCCCAGAUGUCCUUCAACAGAUGAACGGUCAAACAAACUCUGGUAUGCCCAUACCAUGGAAUACUACUCAGCAACGAAAAGGAAUGAACUGUUGAUACUUGUAACAGCUUGGAUGCAUCUCAAGGGGAUUAUCUCAAGAUUAUGCUAAGUGAAAAAAAAGCUAAUUCUCAACAACUUCAUACUAUAUGAUUCCAUUUAUGUAACACUUUGAAAUGACAGAAUUUUAGUCAUGGAGAACAGAUUAGUGGUUGUCAGGGGUGAAAAAGGAGGUGGGGAUACAGGAGAGACAUGGAUGUAGUUAUAAAAGGGCAACAGGAUCCCUCCUGUGAUGGAACUGUUCUGUAACUUAACUUUGGGUGUAGACACAGGAAACCACGUAUGUGAUAAAUGGUAUAGAAUUAACACACACACACACACACACACACACA